AUGGCAACACGCGGACCCGACCCGCCAGGGCGCCUGAUCUCGCAUUUCGCCAACAGGGACAGCAAGCAACAAUCAUCGGGGUGGUCUGAACUCUGGGAUACCGACCAGUCCGACCUGUGGGACCGUGGCAAGCCGUCCCCGGCACUAAUCGAAUUCGUUGAAUCAAAGCCCCCGGCUCUCUCCGAUAUAAGUCACAAAUACCGUCCUAAAGCACUCGUGCCCGGCUGCGGCAAGGGCUACGACGUUGUAGCUUUGGCCCUGCAUGGUUUUGACGCCUAUGGACUUGAAGUCUCCGAGAAGGGGGCUUCAACGGCGCGGCAAUAUGCAAAGUCUGAGUUGGCUGAGCCAUCCGAGUACAACUACCACAGCCUAGACACAUGGCCAGCAUGUGAUGCCGGAGACGUCACCAUCAUUGCAGGUGACUUCUUCAAGAAGGGCUGGGAGCCUCAUGGACACAAAGGCUUCGAUCUUAUAUAUGACUAUACGUUCCUCUGUGCGCUACAUCCCUCCUUGCGACAAGCAUGGGCUCGUAGAAUGUACGGGCUCUUAUCCCCGGGCGGGGUUCUGAUCUGCUUGGAGUUCCCCCUCUACAAGGACUUGACUCUACCGGGACCUCCGUGGGGCCUGAAGGGCGUCUAUUGGGAGCUGUUGGCGGCUGGGCGAGAUGGCAUCAUCGACAAGCCAGGCGAGGAAGCCAAUACGGACGGCCCGUUUCAAAGAGUUCUCUACUUCAAGCCGCCCAUAUCCUAUGAGAAUGGCAAGGGGACCGACAUGGUUAGCGUUUGGUCCCCAUUACCGUGGCAGUUUCCUGAUAGCACAGAUGGGUGA